CUCUUGUCGCAACCUUUGAUCGCACAACACUCUCAAAUCCACAACCACCGACUAACACUAUGGGUAACGGAGCCAAAGCACAGCAGAAGCGCGACCGCGCGAAGGAGAAGGGUCCUAAAGAGGCGAAGAGCCAACUGAAAUCCAACGCCGCCGCCAUGUCCAUCAAGUGCAAAAUAUGCUUCCAGUCUUUCCAGAGCACCAUCAGCCGCAAGAUGCUAUCGGACCACGCAUCGAACAAGCACACCAAAAACUUCGAGGAUUGCUUCAACGCCGACGAGGGUGUUGCCAAAUAAGUGCUUCACCUCACUCAUUGAUAACGGAUCAACGAUACAAUCAGCAUGGUGGAGUUUGAGCGAUUUUUGAGAUACCAACGUUUGCGCCUGAGGCAAAACAAGAGCGUAACAAGUAGUAGGGCGCGGAUCUAUCUGCCUGAAGUAAAGAAAUGAAUUUCAACGAACGAGAGAAAUGCCUUAUUCUUCUUGAUGUCACAAACGCCCCCAUCAGUUACCUCCUGUUGUAAACUACCACUUGAUCGGCGUUCCCUAUUUCCUAAUCGCUUGCAUUGAUCAAAGCAUGUUGGGUUCAAGCGAACGGUGUACAGGCAUGAAUGUUCGGUGACUUAUUUGUUCUACACCAUGCAAUUUUCUACUUUUGGUAUUGCUGUGGCUGUGACUACGACUGUUCCUGUCCUAUUAACAUGCUCCCAUGAAAUAUCCAUCAAUACAAUCUUGGGGAGUCUGGC